AUGGCUCCCGCUGCUUUGCAAGACUCGGCCGUCAAGUCGGAGAACUCAAAAGCCCUCAAGGCCCUCGAGGAGCUCAUGGGCAAGUUGACCGUGUCCAAGGCCCAGGACGAGAUCAACGCUUCCGCCAGUGCCAUCGCCACCUUCAUCAACGGCGACAUUGAGGAGGCUGACGCUCCCACCAAGGCUGUCGACCUGUUGAAGAAGCAGCUCGCCAGCAAGAAGGAUGCCGUCGCCCGUGAGCGCGCGCUCGAUGCCAUUCGCGCCAUCGCCCAGCACGCACACGUCAGCGCCGCUGUUGAGCCCUACCUCGUCUCUCUUCUCCCAGAUGUGCUCGCCGCCGUCGGUGAUAAGAUGAGUGGCGUCAAGGUCGCUGCUCAGACGGCUGCCGAGGCCAUCGUCAUGGCUGCGAACCCCAACGCCGUCAAGGCCAUCAUCCCUCACAUCAUUCACUCUCUCGAGAACGCACAAAAGUGGCCUGAAAAGAUGACCGACUUGAAGUGCAUCGAGGCUCUGACCAAGAGCGCCCCUGCACAGAUGGCUUUCCGUGUCCCAGACUUGAUUCCUGUCAUCUCCUCCGCCAUGUGGGAUACCAAGCCUGAGGUCAAGAAGGCUGCCUAUGGAACCAUGGAGAUUCUCUGCUCCUUGAUCUCCAACAAGGAUAUUGAGCGCUUCAUUCCCGAGCUCAUCAAGUGUAUCGCUAAGCCCGAGAACGUCCCAGAGACCGUUCACUUGCUCGGUGCCACCACUUUCGUCACUGAUGUCCACGAGCCCACCCUCGCCAUCAUGGUUCCCCUGCUUGAGCGUGGUCUGGUUGAGCGCGAGACUGCCAUCAAGCGAAAGUCUGCCGUCAUUAUCGACAACAUGUGCAAGCUUGUCGAGGACCCCCAGAUUGUCGCCGCUUUCUUGCCCCGUCUGAUGCCUGCGCUUGAGAAGAACUUCGAGAACCUGGCUGACCCCGAGGCCCGUGAGAAGACCCGCCAGGGUCUCGACACCCUCAUCCGUGUCGGCCACGUUGAGAACGGCAAGAUCCCCGAGCUUGAGAAGGUUGGUGACAUUGCCACCAUCGCCGCGAACCUCAAGGCUGUCCUUCCCUCCAAGUACAAGAUUGACGAGCGCUUCACCCCGGUUGUCAACUACAUUGGUGCCAUCGGCGGUCAGCUCAUUGAUGAGAAGGACUAUGAGCCUCUCAACUGGCAGGCUAAUGCCGGUCCUUUCGUCGCCGUCCUUGUCGGUGACGAGGAGGCCAAGGACAUCACCGAGGCUCUCCGCAAGCGCUCUCUUCCAGGUGCCGCUGCCGAAAACGCUGUCGAACCUGAUGAGGAGGAGGGCGAGGAUCUCUGCAACUGCACAUUUAACUUGGCCUACGGUGCCAAGAUCUUGCUCAACCAGACUCAUCUCCGUCUGAAGCGUGGCCAGCGUUACGGUCUUCUCGGACCCAACGGUUCCGGAAAGACCACCCUCAUGCGCGCCAUCAACAACGAGCAGGUCGAGGGUUUCCCCAAGCAGAGCGAGGUCAAGACUGUUUACGUCGAGCACGACUUGGACUCUGCCGACACUGAGCAGACUGUUCUUGGCUGGACCAUGAAGAAGCUCGAGUCUGUUGGCAUCAACAAGCCCGAGGCCGAGGUUCAGGCUACACUCAACGAGUUCGGUUUCACCGACGCCAUGUACAGUGGACCCAUUGGUGCGCUCUCUGGUGGAUGGAAGAUGAAGCUUGCUCUUGCUCGUGCCGUCUUUGAGCAGCCCGAUAUCCUGCUUCUCGACGAGCCUACCAACCACUUGGACGUAAAGAAUGUCAAGUGGCUCGAAGACUACCUCAUCAACUCUCCCUGCACAUCCAUUGUCAUCUCUCACGACAGCAAGUUCUUGAACAACGUCAUUCAGCACGUCAUCCACUACGAGCGCUUCAAGCUCAAGCGUUACCGUGGUAACCUUGACGAUUUCGUUAAGCGGGUGCCCUCGGCCAAGUCUUACCACGAGUUGAGUGCCUCUGACAUGGAGUUCAAGUUCCCGGAGCCCGGUUUCCUCGAGGGUGUCAAGACCAAGGCCAAGGCCAUUCUCCGUGCCACCAACAUGAGCUUCCAGUAUGAGGGCACUUCCAAGCCCCAAAUUGCCGACAUCACCUUCCAGUGCUCGCUUGGUUCUCGUAUUGCCGUCAUUGGGCCCAAUGGUGCUGGAAAGUCUACCCUUGUCAACGUUCUGACUGGUGAGCUUGUCCCCACGAAGGGUGAGAUUUAUCACCACGAGAAUAUCCGUAUUGCGUACAUCAAACAGCACGCGUUCGCACACAUCGAUCACCACUUGGACAAGACUCCUUCCGAGUACAUUCAAUGGCGUUUCCAGACUGGUGAGGACCGUGAGACCAUGGACCGUGCCAACAAGAUCGUCACUGAGGAGGACGAGAAGGCCAUGGACAAAAUUUACAAGAUUGAAGGUACCCAGCGUCGUGUCAUUGGUAUCAACUCUCGCAGGAAGUUCAAGAACUCGUACGAGUACGAGUGUUCGUUCGCCCUUGGUGAGAACGUUGGCUUGAAGAACGAGCGAUGGACACCCAUGAUGACUGCAGACAAUGCCUGGAUUCCUCGUUCCGAGAUUAUGGCUUCCCACUCCAAGAUGGUUGCCGAGGUCGAUCAGAAGGAGGCUCUCGCCUCUGGUCAGUUCCGUCCCCUUGUCCGUAAGGAGAUUGAGGCUCACUGCGCCAACUUCGGUCUCGACGCUGAGCUUGUUUCUCACUCGCGUAUGCGCGGUCUCUCUGGUGGUCAGCGUGUCAAGGUCGUUUUGUCCGCUUGCUCAUGGCAACGUCCUCACUUGAUCGUUCUUGACGAGCCCACCAACUACCUUGACCGUGAUUCCCUCGGAGCUCUCUCCAAGGCUAUCAAGACCUUCGAAGGUGGUGUCAUCAUCAUCACCCACUCCUCUGAGUUCACCGAGGGUCUUACCGAGGAAGUCUGGGCUGUCAUGGAUGGUCGCAUGACCCCCUCUGGACACAACUGGGUACAAGGACAAGGUGCCGGACCACGACUAGCAAAGGAUGGCGGCGACGAUGAAGUAACGUUCGAUGCGAUGGGUAACAAGAUCGAAUCGACUAAGAAGAAGGCCAAGCUUACCUCUUCUGAGAUGCGCAAGAAGAAGAAGGACCGCAUGGCCCGCCGCAAGCGUGGUGAGGAGGUGUUCUCUGACGAAGACGAGUAG